AUGGGUCGUCGAAGACAAAGAGAACGCGUUUGGAUUCAGUGCGUCGCGUUGCUUUGUUUAUUUGACUGGUCUGCAGCGCAGAUCUCUUACUCCGUUUCAGAGGAGGUGGACAAAGGCACGUUUGUGGGGAAUCUGGCUAAGGAUUUAAACCUUAAUGUUCACGAACUGGAGUCGAGGGGUCUAAUGAUUGUAUCAGGACAUAGUAAGAGCUAUUUCGAGGCUAAUUUGAAGACAGGAAUUAUGUUCGUUGAGGAGAGAAUAGACAGAGAGGAGCUUUGUCCAAAUACGGUGAAGUGCUCCUUAAAUAUAGAAGCUAUAUUGAGCCAUCCUACCCAGCUCCACCGGGUUGAAAUUGAUAUUUUAGACAUAAAUGAUAAUGCUCCAUCUUUCCUCGAAAGAAUACAUAUACUUAAUAUCACCGAGGCGGCAUUUCCUGGUGAGCGAUAUCCACUACCGAUAGCGAAUGACGCAGAUACGGGCAGUAACUCGGUAAACAGCUACAAGCUGAGCCCGAAUGAACACUUUUCCCUGGAUGUACAGAGCGGUGGAGAGCAGAGUUUGUCUGCUGAGUUAGUGCUGCAGAAAGCUUUAGACCGAGAGAAACAGCCUGUUAUCCAGCUCACACUGACCGCUAUAGAUGGAGGAAAACCUCCAAGAUCCGGGACAUUACUGAUCACAGUAAAUGUGGAAGACGUUAAUGAUAAUGCACCUUCAUUUAGCAAACCGCUUUAUAAGGUUAGUGUUCCUGAAAACGUUUCAUCUGGUACAGCAAUAAUAACUCUCACCGCGACGGAUCUUGACGAGGGCGUAAAUAGCGAGAUUAUGUACUCACUGAUAGGUCGAGGUAGUUUAAGCCACUCCGAUACAUUUGCUAUAAAUUCAGAUACAGGUAUAAUUACUGUUAAGAAAACUAUGGACCAUGAGGUAACUGCCGCCUAUGAAAUUCGGGCUGAGGCGAUGGACCGAGGGCACUCCUCACGGAAAACGUAUUGCAAAGUGUUAGUAGAAGUUAUUGAUGUCAAUGACAAUGUCCCUGAAAUAUCAGUGACGUCCCUCAUCAGCCCAGUCAACGAGGAUGCUGAGAUAGGGACAGUGGUUGCCUUGGUGACAGUAACUGAUAAAGAUGGAGGUAAAAACGGCCUCACCAAUUGUAAGCUUAUUGGGUCUGUUCCAUUCAAAUUGAAAUCGAACUACAAAAACUAUUAUACAUUAGUGGUUGAUGGGCCUCUUGACAGAGAGAGUGCUUCUCAGUAUAAUGUCACCAUCACAGCUACGGAUGAAGGGACCCCGCCUCUCUCCAGCACCAGCGUUAUUACUGUGCAGGUUUCUGAUGUAAAUGACAACGCUCCUCGCUUCUCAGAACCUGUGAUUAAUAUUUAUGUGAAAGAGAACAGUCCGGUAGGAGACGUCAUUUAUACGAUGUCUGCUUUUGACCCAGAUUCAGAUGAAAAUGCAAAGAUGACGUAUUCAUUAUUAAAUACAAGUGUUCCAAUAUCAUCAUCUGUAAAUAUAAACUCAGAUAAUGGAGAUAUAAUCAGUCUGCAGUCUUUUAACUAUGAGGAGAUACAAACUUUCCAGUUCAAGGUUCAGGCCACAGACUCUGGUGUUCCUCCACUCAGCAGCAACGUGACUGUGAACGUUUUUAUCCUGGAUGAGAAUGACAACAGUCCUGGGAUUCUCGCGCCCUAUUCUGAACACGGCUCCGUUAACACUGAGAACGUUCCCUAUUCUGCUGAAGCGGGCUACUUUGUGGCCAAGAUCAGGGCUGUAGACGCCGACUCUGGCUACAAUGCGCUGCUUUCUUAUCACAUCUCUGAGCCCAAGGGAACCAACCUCUUCCGAAUCGGAACCAGCACCGGGGAACUGAGGACUAAGAGGAGAAUGAGUGACAAUGACCUGAAAACUCACCCGUUGGUAGUGUUGGUUUCUGAUAACGGAGAACCCUCACUGUCAGCGACUGUGUCUAUUGAUGUAGUGGUGGUUGAAAGUACAGGUGAAAUCCAGACUCAAUUCAGAAAUGUGCCGAGAAAGGAGGAGAACUUCUCUGAUUUGAACCUGGAUUUGCUGAUCGCCAUUGCCUCCGUGUCAGUGAUAUUUUUACUGAGCCUCAUCAGUUUAAUAGCUGUAAAAUGCCACAGGACAGAGGACAGUUUCAGAAGGUACAGCGCCCCAAUGAUCACCACACACCCUGACGGAAGCUGGUCUUACUCUAAAUCUACUCAGCAGUAUGACGUGUGUUACAGUUCAGACACACUGAAGAGUGACGUAGUGGUUUUCCCCGCUCCGUAUCCACCUGCAGAUGCAGAACUGAUCAGUAUUAAUGGAAAUGACACGUUUAACAGGACUCAGACAUUACCCAACAAAGAGGAGUUUAAAGUUCAGGCCACAGACUCUGGUGUUCCUCCACUCAGAAGCAACGUGACUGUGAACGUUUUUAUCCUGGAUGAGAAUGACAACAGUCCUGGGAUUCUCGCGCCCUAUUCUGAACACGGCUCCGUUAACACUGAGAACGUUCCCUAUUCUGCUGAAGCGGGCUACUUUGUGGCCAAGAUCAGGGCUGUAGACGCCGACUCUGGCUACAAUGCGCUGCUUUCUUAUCACAUCUCUGAGCCCAAGGGAACCAACCUCUUCCGAAUCGGAACCAGCACCGGGGAACUGAGGACUAAGAGGCGAAUGAGUGACAAUGACCUGAAAACUCACCCGUUGGUCGUGUUGGUUUCUGAUAACGGAGAACCCUCACUGUCAGCGACUGUGUCUAUUGAUGUAGUGGUGGUUGAAAGUACAGGUGAAAUCCAGACUCAAUUCAGAAAUGUGCCGAGAAAGGAGGAGAACUUCUCUGAUUUGAACCUGUAUUUGCUGAUCGCCAUUGCCUCGGUGUCAGUGAUAUUUUUACUGAGCCUCAUCAGUUUAAUAGCUGUAAAAUGCCACAGGACAGACGACAGUUUCAGAAGGUACAGCGCCCCAAUGAUCACCACACACCCUGACGGAAGCUGGUCUUACUCUAAAUCUACUCAGCAGUAUGACGUGUGUUUCAGCUCAGACACACUGAAGAGUGACGUAGUGGUUUUCCCCGCUCCGUAUCCACCUGCAGAUGCAGAACUGAUCAGUAUUAACGGAAAUGACACGUUUAACAGGACUCAGACAUUACCCAACAAAGAGGAGGUAAGAUCUGUACACAAAUGA